AUAGUGGCAAGUGGUUUUUUUUAAAUAAUAGCUUCGUGUUUCUUUAGUUAAAUAUCUAUCCUUGAUUUAAAAUUGCAAUAAUAAAUUGAUUUUUGAAUUUCAUUAGGACCAGGGGGCGACUUGAGAGGCGGCACUUUUUUAAAAUCAUAUCCUUAUCAUUUCAAGCGGCCAGUGGGAGAAUAUCAACCUCGUUGACAGAUAAUCGCACGUGUAGUUGGUGACACGUAACACUUCGGCUCGUCGGUCGGUCGGUGGACUGUUCGAACUUUUGAAGGACGUCCAUUCGAAGAACAAAAAAGCUUCGGCAUGGAAUCUUUGUAUCACAAGACGAACGGGCUCGUCCAGGAGACCCACGAUUGCUUCCAACGCCUGGAGAAGCUCAAGGGGAGCGACACUGACUCGAUCGAAGCUGAAAUCCAGGCGAGGAUAGACACAAUCACCAGCAACUGUGAAAGGCUGGACAUACUCGUACACAAAGAACCCGUCACCAGGAGGCAAAACGCCAGACUUCGGAUUGACCAGCUCAAGUAUGACAACAAACACUUGCAGACCGCCCUAAAGGCAUAUCAGUAUGAAGCAUACAAACGGAAGCAAGUAGAGAACGAAAGGGCUGAACUUCUCAGCAGACGGUUCACGCAUAACAGUAAAUUGAACGAAGAAGACACCACAAUAAUGAUUGAUCAUAGUCUUCAACAUAACAUGUCACUUCAGAAUGCCCACCGAGGCAUGGAUGACAUGCUGAACUCUGGUUCUUCAAUCCUUGAAAACAUGAGGUACCAAAGAAACACCCUGAAGGGGGCGCGUAAGCGAAUGAUGGACAUUGCGAGUACUUUGGGCCUCUCAAAUACGACUAUGCGCCUUAUAGAGAAGAGAGCAAUAGAAGAUAAAUACAUUCUAAUAGCUUUAAUGGUUGUAACACUCUUAAUAAUAGUCCUGUUGUUAAUUUAUUUCUAGAUUAUAGCUGUUUUUAGUUGCAUAAUUUAUAAAUAUUAAAUCUUGUUUUGUUUUUUUAUAAAAUUCACUUCAUUAAAUAGUGUAAUCUUUUCUGUGAUAAACUCUUUUUACAAUUGUUGCUCUUAACUGUUUUCAACUAUUUUCUGUAUAAAAAGAAACAGACAAAUAUAUUUAUUUUGCCCACCA